AUGGCCCGAGGGGCUCAGAAGGCCCAACAAGCUCGAGCGCCGGAGAGUGGGGGCGACGCUGGCCAGAGUGGCGUUGUAACAGCCGCUCAGGCUGACGCCGAGGGGGAGGUCGGCCGGGGCGGCGCAAAUGAUGCCACCCGGCCGGACGUCGAAAUCGAGGAUGGUCGGGGCGACGCAGAUAGCACCGCCCAGCUGGUUGUAGGAGAAGAAGCUGGUGGGGGUGCGCAGGAGUGCCCCGCCAGCCAAAGAGAUGUGGAGACCCUCGUCCCCGAGCCACCGAGGGCUGGGGUCGAGGGUGUCACGAAGGAGGAGUCGGGGCCAAGGGCGCCGGCAAUGGAGGAAACCUGCGUCCCGGAGCCAGCAAGGGCCAGGGACGAGGGUGCUGUUGCAGCGGCGACGGCGCAGACGGCGCCGAAAAACGUGGUGCCGGUGGUGCAGCUGCCGGAGAGAAUCGAGGAGUUCAGGGACUCGAGGGACAUCAAUCCUGCUGCUGCGGCCAGCGCUGCCGUCCGGAUUGCCGAGUUCGCAUCGACCUCCGAGGAGCGGCUGAGGGACAUUUCGCGCAAAAAGAGCGCCGAGCUGACCCGGCUGUACUCCCAAAUGUGCAGGCUUGGGCAGUACAACGCCGAUUUGGUGCUCCGGAAUAUCGACUCCAACACCCAGUUGACCAGUCUAGGAGCGCGCCAGCGCAUGCUAGAGGAGGAGCUGGCGCGGACCAUCAGCGAGCGCGACGCCCAGAGGGCCACGGCGGAGCAAAAGGCCCAAGAAGCCGAGGCGUAG